AUGAUGACCAAGGAGCUCUCCAAACAGACUAUCCUGUCCCCACCCCCAGACUAUCCCACCCCACCCCCAGACUUUCCCACCCCCACGCCCCCAGACUAUCCUGUCCCCACCCCCAGACAAUCCCACACCACCCCCCAGACUAUCCUGUCCCCACCCCACAGACUAUCCCACCCCCACCCCACAGACUUUCCCACCAACACCCCCCAGACUAUCCUACUAUCCCACCCCACCCCCAGACUAUCCCACCCCCACCCCCAGACUAUCCUGUCCCCACCCCCAGACAAUACCACACCACCCCCCCAGACUAUCCUGUCCCCACCCCACAGACUAUCCCACCCCCACCCCACAGACUUUCCCACCAACACCCCCAGACUAUCCUACUAUCCCACCCCACCCCCAGACUAUCCCACCCCCACCCCCCAGACUAUCCUGUCCCCACCCCCAGACAAUACCCACCACCCCCCAGACUAUCCUGUCCCCACCCCACAGACUAUCCCACCCCCACCCCCCAGACUAUCCCACCCCUACCCCCAGACUAUCCCACCCCUACCCCCAGACUAUACCAACCCCUACCCCCAGACUAUCCUGUCCCCACCCCACAGACUAUCCUGUCCCUACCCCCAGACUAUCCCACCCCACCCCCCAGACUAUCCCACCCCCACCCCCCAGACUAUCCUGUCCCCACCCCCAGACAAUACCACACCACCCCCCAGACUAUCCUGUCCCCACCCCACAGACUAUCCCACCCCCACCCCCAGACUAUCCCACCCCUACCCCCAGACUAUCCCACCCCUACCCCCAGACUAUACCAACCCCUACCCCCCAGACUAUCCUACUAUCCUGUCCCCACCCCCAGACUAUCCUGUCCCCACCCCACAGACUAUCCCACCCCACCCCCCAGACUUUCCCACCCCCACGCCCCCAGACUAUCCUGUCCCCACCCCCAGACAAUCCCCACACCACCCCCAGACUAUCCUGUCCCCACCCCACAGACUAUCCCACCCCCACCCCACAGACUUUCCCACCAACACCCCCCAGACUAUCCUACUAUCCCACCCCACCCCCAGACUAUCCCACCCCCACCCCCAGACUAUCCUGUCCCCACCCCCAGACAAUACCACACCACCCCCAGACUAUCCUGUCCCCACCCCACAGACUAUCCCACACCCACCCCACAGACUUUCCCACCAACACCCCCCAGACUAUCCUGUCCCCACCCCACAGACUAUCCCCCCACCCCACCAGACUAUCCCACCCCUACCCCCCCAGACUACCCCCCAGACUACUAUCCCACCCCACCCCCAGACUAUCCUGUCCCCACCCCACAGACUAUCCCACCCCCACCCCACAGACUUUCCCACCAACACACCCAGACUAUCCUGUCCCCACCCCACAGACUAUCCCCCCCCCCCAGACUAUCCCACCCCUGUCCCCACCCCCCAGACUAUACCAACCCCCUACCCCCCCAGACUAUCCCCACCCCAGACCCAACCCCACCCCCAGACUAUCCUGUCCCCACCCCACAGACUAUCCUGUCCCUACCCCCAGACUAUCCCACCCCACCCUGCCAGACAUCCCAAACCCCUCCCCCCAGACUAUCCCACCCCCACCCCCCAGACUAUCCUGUCCCACCCCCAUCCUGUCCCCCACAGACUAUCCCACCCCCACCCCCCCCAGACUAUCCUGUCCCCACCCCCAGACUAUCCCACCCCACCCCCAGACUAUCCCCCCCCCACGCCCCCAGACUAUCCUGUCCCCACCCCCAGACAAUCCCACACCACCCCCAGACUAUCCUACUAUCCUGUCCCCACCCCACAGACUAUCCUGUCCCCACCCCACAGACUAUCCCACCACACCCCGCAGACUAUCCCACCAAACCCCACAGACUAUCCCACCACACCCCCCUAUCCCACCACACCCCCAGACUAUCCUAUCCUGUCCCCACCCCCACAGACCCCAAUCCCACCACACCCCAAAGACUAUCCCACCCCCACCCCCAUCCUGUCCCCACCCCCCAGACUAUCCUACAAUCCCCACCCCCAGACUAUCCUGUCCCCACCCCACAGACUAUCCCACCCCUACCCCCAGACUAUCGCAACCCCCCAGACUAUUCCACCCCCUGGCCCAGUCCGCUAG